AUGAUUACAAAUUCAACAUUGAUUACCCGUGGUGAUGAGUUGUAUUAUUAUGCUGAUAGUUUUCCACUACCAUAUGAAGAUGAAGAAUGGAAUAUGGACUCCAGUAAUCGAACGUAUUAUGAUGAGUACAUCUUCAACGGUAAUCAAACAUCAAAUUUAACGACGAUGACUACCGAUGUUUUUUCUUACACAUCUUUAUUUUCGUUUUCCAGUCCAUUUUCUUAUAUACUUUUAAUUCUAAUCGUCUAUUCGAUCUUAACAUUGGUAUUAUUAUCGUUAAGUUUAUACAAACAAAGACGAACUGAAAUCGAAAAUUUCUAUUUCGGAGAUACGGAAGAAGAAAUCGAACGUGCGAAACGAUCCCUAUUGUGGAAACAAGCAUUAAUUAACAAGAUUAGUAAAGGUGAUAUGGAGCCUUUAUUAGCAGCAAAUCCAGAUGAUAUGGAUUUCGAAUCUAAAGCAACAACAACAACAACAACAUUUCCAUUGCAUAUUGUGUGA